AUGUCGUCGACAAACGGGACCGAAGUGUCUCUGGGGUGCCACUCGUUGCUAGAGGAAGGACAGAGCGAGGCCGCGGCAAGCAGCAGCACCUGGACCGACCUCGAGCCGUUCAAGCGUGGGAGUUUGCUGGCCGCGGGACACGUCCGCGUCCUCUUGGUCAUCUACGGAAUUUGCAUGUUUAUCAUCUCUGGGUUCGAAGACCUUUUCGCGCUCUGGGCUCUCAGCACGACUCCCGCGGGGGGCUUGGGUUGGUCGGCGGAGCAAAUCGGACAGGUCCUUCUUGCUUCUGGGCUCAUGGUCUUUGUGUUCGAGCUGUUCGCUGUGCCUCUAGUCACCAAGCGGCUGGGCGUAACCACCUCACAGAGGCUGUCAUCGGUGACUCUGGUGUUUGUCCUUCCCCUCGUUCCCGUGCUCGGACACCUGCUCAACGCCGGCCACCUGCUCAUGAUUGCUUCCGUUGGGCUUCUGUUCAAGAUCUAUGCGCCAUGUGAUGCGUUCUUGACGUGCAUUUCUUUCACCAUCAACAACGCCGCGGAACCGGAACGAUGCGGCGAGCUGAAUGGAUUGGCGGCGUGCGUUGCUUCAGUAGUCAGCAAGGUCGGCCCCUCAGCCUGGUCGACGCUGUACGCCUUCUCCGUGGAAGUCACCGAUGGUGGGUCCCCGUUCCCGUUCCCGAUCGACUUCCGCCUCGCGUUUUGGCUCAUGGCCUUUCUGCGGCUCGUCGUGGCCAUCCUCUAA